AUGGCGGCGGCGGGCUCGGGCUCGGGCUCGGGCUCGGGCUCGGGCUCGGGCUCGGGCUCGGGCUCAGGCCUGGGGCGGGCGGCGGCGCGGCCUCGGCCGGGGCCCGCUCGGUUCCGGGGCUGCUUGGCCGGGGCGUUGUUGGGUGACUGCCUGGGCGCCGUCUUCGAAGGCAGGAGCGUCGUGAAGUUACCCGACCUGCUGCGUUUCCUCCGAGGCCUGGAACCGGCGCCCGGGCCGGCCGAGGCGGGGGAACCGGCCGGCAGCGCCCGCAGAGAAACGCUGUCGUACACGGACGACACGGCCAUGAGCAGGUCGGUGGUGCAGUCCCUGCUAGCCAAGCAAGAGUUUGACGAAGUCGAUAUGGCCAAGAGGUUUGCUGAGGAGUACAAGAAGGAACCCAACAGGGGCUACGGGAUGGCUGUUGUCAACGUCUUCAAGAAGCUCCUGAGCCCCAAGUGCAGUGAUGUGUUUGAACCAGCAAGAGCCCAGUUUAAUGGGAAAGGCUCCUAUGGCAAUGGCGGUGCCAUGAGGGUGGCAGGCAUCUCGCUCGUGUAUUCUGAUGUCCAGGAUGUUAAGAAGUUUGCGAAGCUGAGUGCUGAAUUAACCCAUGCCAACUCCCUGGGCUACAACGGGGCCAUCCUGCAGGCCCUGGCCGUGCAUCUUGCCCUGCAGGGAGAGCUCAGCAAGGAGACCUUCUUGGAGCAGCUCAUUAGCCACAUGGAAGAUGUAGAGGGAGAUGAUAAGUCUCUUACCGAUGCCCGAGCGCUGGGAUUUGAGGAUUUACCCUUUUCAAGGCGUCUAAAGAAAAUAAAGGAAUUUUUGGAGCUCAGCAGUGUUCCCAAAGCAGAUGUAUUGUUUGAAUUAGGCAAUGGCAUUGCUGCUUUGCGGUCUGUCCCUACUGCAAUUUACUCCUUCUUGCGCUGUAUGGAAGCUGACCCAGAUAUUCCUGAUCACUACAGCAACCUGCAAAGGACCAUCAUCUACUGUAUCUCUCUGGGCGGAGACACAGACACCAUUGCUACCAUGGCUGGAGCCAUUGCAGGGGCUUAUUACGGGGAGGAACAGAUACCCCCGAGUUGGGAGCAGAGCUGUGAAGCUUUUCAAGAGACACAGAAGCUGGCAAAUAGCUUGUAUGAACUCUACUGCCAGCGGCUCUGAGCUCCAAGGGGAAUGUGUUCUCUGAAGGCAAAGCGGGUGGUCACCUCUGCUUUUCUGGUCAGAAAUCUGGUGGCGGAUCCGCACCACCUGCAGACGCCAGCGGACCUCCACCUGGGAAAGACACCUGCUGCUGUGAGUUGAGAGCUGGAAGCAUGAGCUGGUUUGGAAGUGAGGGGACGUACCCAUCAGUUAUGGUUCAGCUGGGAAGUGGCUGCAUGCGGCACUUUGGACAGUGGGUGCGUCUCCUCUGAAGUGUACAGGAGUGUCCAGCGUUUCCUAAGGUUUCUGCUUGUUGCUUUGUCCCACCCAUAUGCCAUUAUGUCAUUUGGUUAUUACGGUUACUAGGUGGGUGUCUGAAUCCACAGACUUUCUUGCUGUUUUCCUGUACUCCUGUGUGCUGUGGCCUUUGUUUCAGUUGUUAGUGACCUGUCCUGCAGUGGCUUUCGUAGGCUCCGCACCCCUCUCAAAAUGCCAGUUCACACUCGGCUGAGCAGCUAAAGGGUGUGGGUGGGAGUCGUCAGAGGCACAGGGAGCCUGGAGGAUGUCCUGCGUGGUGGCGUGGGUUACUGCCCGUCGCGUGGCGUGAGGGCACUGGAGGGUAGGCCUCCCAGGAGGUUCGCUUCUUUGGAGGCAGAAUGAAAAGUGCCAGAGAUUGGAGAAGGGAUUUCUUUGCACUGCUAGCAGCGCUGUGAGAAAGGCCUCUGGUGCACACAGACAGAAUCCUAGUUGGCUCGUUGUUACUGCUGGAAGAGGGGGUAAUGAAUUGCUGCUCCUUUGGUGUCCUUUGCUCUGCGAUUCACCUGGCACCCUCCUGAUCUCUUGCAUUUUGUGUUCCCUUACAUAGCUAGCUGGCUUUCACAUUGCUGCAGCUCCUCUAGCCAUUUCCUUUGUUCCCAGUCCUUGCAUCCUGCGUUUUUAAUCCUGUCUUAUGUAUGUGAGGUUGCUGUUUAAAUCUGUGAGCAGAGAUAGUUGUGAAACCUAGUGUUACACAAGGAUUGAAUUCCUGGUUCUGCUGCAGUCAGUGACAAAAAUUACUUCAGCUGGAAGCAGGAAUUACUUCUCAUGGUUUUAAAACGCUGUACUUGGUAAGGAUCAUCUGAAAAUAAAAGGAAAGGUACGUUAAUUGGGGGAGAAUUUAUCAGAGUGUAAAAGAAUUUGUGCAUUUGAAGCUGGUACUGGUGGCCAAGAAUAUUCUAGCAAAGCUGUGUUCCGGAGUUUCACGUUUAAAACCUUUGCCCCAUGGAGCUGGUCCAAAAGGAAGUAACAGCUGGGGUGUGCCACGUCUAAAAAGGUUAAAAGCUUUCUAAAUUUUAAGCAGAAAGAAAGAGGCAAGCAGUCAUCCUGUCGAAGUGUCUAUAAAUUUGAAUAUGACAAUGUAUUUCUCUCUGAUCUCUAGUUUUUCUUGUGACACUGGGAAGCGACCGCCCUGCUCAGAGCUUGCUCCCCGUUGGUAUCGGCGUGUGGCUUUGUGUGUGUCAGGCUGCGUCCACACGUGGAAAAGCUGGCUGCGAUGGGUCGUUCCAGUUUUUCCUGUACUCUCCUUCCCUCAAGUGCCAGUCUUCUGUGUGGUGCUUUAAUGGGUUUUCCUUGUAUAAAUGAAUUCUCGUCCCAGAACAUGUGGAAUUUUGGUCUAUUGUAUAUUUAUGUAUUGUGCCGCAGAUCUGAGAUGUAAAAUGUCAGGUUUUUCACAUUAUUCUGCCAGAGGUGUGAGCAUAGUAAUGGAGUUAUUUAAAAGAUGAUAUUUUCCUUUAUAAUUUUAAAUGUUUGGAACUCAUGAAGAGCAGAAGAGCUGUUUUUAAAAAAAAAAGCUCAUUUUAGGCCAGAAUUUAAGUGUGUACUAAGGCAUUUAGCUCUGACUUCCUUGGAAAGAAAUAAAAUCACUUCGUUAUCUUUGUUAAUUA